UUGAGGGAAAGCCGUCGUUGUCUUCCAUGAGAGUUUCUUAGUCCUUAGAAUUCCCGGCGUGUGUUUGAAUUGAGAGAAAGCAAGCUCGCGUAAGAUUCUCUCUGCCUCGACGACGAUUCUUCUUCUCUAUCGCUCCCCCAAAGAAAGUUUCUUUGCUCUUAAGAAUUGUUGAAAUGCCUUCAACUGACUCGCCUCCGUGGCGUGAGAAGGCGACCGGGUUCUUUUCUUCUUCUGGGAUCAAGCUUAAGCAAGCUGGGAAUUCCGCUGGGACAUUUGUGGGGGAGGUUGCAAAGGAUGCAAGCGGGAAUGUUGCUGAUGUGGCAGGACGGGUAGGGUCUCUGGUGAAAAGCCGAUGGUCUCUUAUUCGAGAGGCCGGAAGGAGCCCUGCAUUUCGAGACAACAUGCAAGAACGUAUUAUCUCUGCUGCUGCUUCAACUGGCACACUGCUGAAGAAGGGCCUUUCGGAGACAAAGGACAAGGUUACUGUAGGAAAGAUGAAAGUUGAAGAGGCAGCAAAGAUGACUGCACAUAAAAGCAAGAAUAUUUUGACCAAUAUUGAGCGCUGGCAGAAGGGGGUAGCAAGCAGUGAUGUUUUUGGAGUGCCAAUUGAGAUAACAGUACAGCGACAACAAUCUAGCAGACCCAUUCCUCAGAUAUUGGUCAGAUGUGCAGAUUUUCUCAUAUUAUCAGGAUUAAAUUCUGAGUAUUUAUUCAAAUCUGAAGGAGAUAAGAAAGCUAUUCAGCAGUUGAUUUCACUGUACAAUGAAGAUUGGAAUGCUCCACUGCCAGAAGGCAUAAACCCAAUUAAUGUGGCAGCUCUAGUGAAGUGUUAUCUGGCAAGCCUUCCUGAGCCACUUACCACAUACGAGCAUUAUCAUGCAAUCAGAGAUGCUCGGUGCAGCAUACGUGACAUGAGAAACAUGUUGAAAAGGCUUCCGAAUGUAAGUUACAUGACUCUGGAGUUCGUCACUGCACUGCUGCUCCGUGUGAGCCAGAAGUCAUCUCUUAAUAAGAUGGACGCUCAUAGCCUCGCUGUGGAACUGGCACCUGUCAUUAUGUGGCAGAAAGGGGUUCAAAGGUUAGAUUUUUCUAGUCAGCUUUGGCAGUCCUCUGUCAAUCAUGCAUCAAAAGGUCCUGCCAAUACCAUGGAUCCAACCUCCUACAGUGCUUGGGACAGCCUAUCAGAUGAAGACGAUGGUAUCAAUGCAUCCUCUCCCAUUCCCUUGGAUGACGGCUUGCCCACCGAUUUUGGCGCCAUCGAGGUCGUUCAGUGCCUCGUCCAGCAUCACAACGCCAUUUUCACAGACGCAAAUGAAACGAUAUGGAGAUGAUUUCUGAUAGGAAGUUGGCUGUAUCUUCUUGGGUUGGAGUUUGUUGAGACAAACAGACGGAUGGACAGAUAGGUUCUCUAAUUCUGGGGUUCUACAUUUUUAGCUGUAAUCAAGGAUUAAAGUAUUACCCGAACCAGACAUAUUACCCAAGAUGUACCGGUAGCAUCCAUGAAUGAUACGGCUGUAUCAGCCUGUAUCUGCCCGAAACAGCCCGAUACAGAGCAAUACUGGGCCGAAUUGGUGGUGAACGAUAUGAUACCUGGUACACUGGUUUUAAACCUUCGCUGCAGUGCCAAAUUUAGCAGAAGAUUGCCUUAGGGCGAAAAGUGGCAAAUUCCAACAGAUAUUUGGAGUUGUUGGAUUUCGGUUUGUAAAGUGUGGAUUUGACCUUAACUACACUGAGGUCAAAGUUUGGCUGUUACCAUGUGGCAAUUUCAUUUCUUUUCUUUUUCCUAUUUCCUUUUUUAUUUUUCUGCACAUAAGGUAGGAUAUGCAAAACAAUUGUUCUAGUUGGGAGCUAUUUCUGCUUCUCCUUUCACUGGUUUGUUUUUGCUCUCCUAAACAUGACCUUAAAACAUUAUGUUUUGAUGCUUAUCUUCCUCUUAUAAUUUGACAUAUACUCCAAUUUCUUGGA